GAAAGACAUUGGCAAAUGACGACACCAAGUAUUGCCUUUAGAAGUCUUUAUAAAGAAGCUCAAGGACUCCUUUGAACUUCCCCCCUCUCUUCUCUCUUCUUCUCCUUCCUUCCCUUUGAAUCUCCUGGUUUCUUGCUUCUUCGGCUUCUUCUAUCUCUUUGCAUUUUUCGUCAAAUGGGUUUCUUUGUGGCGGAGUCCUCGGGUCUGAUUGUAACGCAUCUGCUAUACAAGGUAGCUCUUAUAAUUGCAGUGGCAAGAUGGGUGUCGUGUUGGGUUCUUAGACUCAGAGACUGGUGGAGCCUCUCCUCUUCAGCCCCAGAUCAUGACACAGACUUUCCUCUUCCUCCUACUUCUACUCCUACAAGCAUGGCAGUGGCUUCUUCCCAGAUGAUAAGAGACAACCUCGUACUUACAACGUUGGGAGAUCUCACAAAAAGACUGUCGGAGAAUGGGAAUUGUGACACGUGUGCUGUAUGCUUAAAUGGGUUAAGCAAGGAGGAUGAGAUUAGGGAGCUCAGGAACUGUUGUCAUGUAUUCCAUAGGGAAUGCAUUGACAGAUGGGUGGAUGGUGCUCAUGACGAUAAUCACACCACCUGCCCUCUAUGUAGGGCUCCUUUAUUGACUUCUUCUCAAUUCCAGAGCCUGAGCUUCGUGUCCAGGGCUCAACCCAGCUGGGCCGUCGAGAGACUUCUCUACCUCUUUGGAGAUGAUCUGUUGUUUUGAUUUGAGAAAUCUAAUAUCAACUAGAGAGCCUCAGAUCGAUGAUAAAAUCAUUGAUUAUUUCCCCAAGGGGUUUGAUGUAUAUAGUUGUGAGGGUGUGAGCGGAUUCUUUUGUCACUUAGAGGACAAGAAAGGAAAAACAAGAUAGGAAACGAAAAAUAAUGAAAAGAAAAAGUGGGAAAACCCAUGAUGCUAGUGUAGUCCAAAUUUGCUAGGGCUUGGGGAUUUGUAUAUACAUGUUCUUUUGCAGUCUAUACCUACUUUCAUUUUUUUU